CAUUGUUAGCGCGUGCAGACAGUCGUUACUUUCGAGUACCUUGACGCACCUCUUAUCAUUCAGGACUAUGUCCCGAUAUUCCAAAGAUGUAGGUACAUCCGGGAACCUGGUGAAGAUUCACGUUCCAGACAAGACCUUCGAGGUAGACUUGGAUUUACUGAAACGGCACAGCUGUUACUUUGCGAAAUGCUUUCACAAGCUGCCUCAAGAGGCACUGAAGAUCCCCCUGGAGCUGAACGAUGUGAAAGCGGAGGUGUUCGAAACCCUCCUGCUGUUCAUGCAGACUGGCUAUCUGGACACGGACCCCUGGAACGCAUUGGAACUCUACAAUGCCGCUUCUCUGCUCGGGGUUCACAAGGCCAUUAAAGAGCUAAGGAGGAUCUCCCGGAUGGAUUCUCGUCUGGAGCGAUUACUCGUGUGGUAUCGUAACGUGAAUAAAACGGGCGGCGGCAGAGAGCGUCAAGCGGCCCUGAGGAUGGUGGCGGCUCGCUUCGACGAAGUGGUCGCCGACGAACGCUUCGUACGGCUGGGUUUCACUGAGGUCAUUCCUGUGCUCUCCUGUUCCACACUUGGAACUUCGAGGGAACUAGCCGUGUUCCUGGCUGUGCUGAAGUGGCUGAACGCAGACUAUGGACGGCGCCAACAGCACGUGGCGCAAAUGUUCAAGUGCAUUCGCUUCUCUCUGAUGUCCCGAGAAGAAAUCGUGCACUGUUUCUACCCACCAGUGCUUCCUCAGGUGACGCGGUUCCCAUCAAUUGCCUUCAUGCUCUUCACUGCUUACGGCGUGGUGUCUUUGCGUGAAGAAGGGAGAGAACACCUCAUGGCUAAGUAUGCGAACCAGCCCAGGAUCUACUUGCUUGCUGACAAGAAAGGUCCACCUCUGUGGGACCUUCCUGAUCCCCCAGAGAACAGUGCGGCCUACAAGAGACACAAGGCCGCAACGGUGAUCCAGUGCAGCUGGCGCAGAAAGCAAGCACGUCGGGAACUCAACCGCUUGCGCAGAGAGAAGGAGUUGGCACAGGAACACGGUGGUACCACUGUACCCUUGAACAAGGCUGCGCCAGAAGGAGGGGAGACAAAGACUAGCGGAGACGAGAGCUCGGAGGACAGCUCAGACGAUUCAAACAAGACACAGCAGAGCCCUUCACGUGAACCAUUCACACCAUUCUUUAAAGUCGUCAUCAAGGACGAGAUAACAGAUAAGAAGCACGAUUCCGACAAAGACGGAGGUGACCAGGGCAUACCGCUCGUGCCUCCACCACCUAAGAAGGAAGACACUGCGAAGCCACCAGAACAGCUUGCUGAAGAUGGCGGCGUCCCUCCAUUCGUUGAGAGUUGGGAUGAUCCAGCACGCAAGGCUGAAGCAACAGAGUCUCCGUCGCGAGGAUCAACCCUCUUCAUCAGCAUCCAGGGCUCUCCUGGUGAAGUUGCUGCGGUUCAAGAUGAUAGCGCCGCCGAUCAUCAAGCGUUUCCGUGUGAUUUUGAGAGAGAGUUCGACUCGAGAGUUUUCCUCGGCAUGGACUCCUCUGCGCAUCCACCAACGCGAUCUGUUCGUCUGCCUUCACCCGAACGGACCAGCAGCCCAACCAGCUUCCAGACGAUGCAAGGGACAUCCCGUUGUCCUUGGGCGUUUGGCGACGAUUUCGAAAGAGCGUCGCACGUACGCAGCUUUACGUACGACACCAAGUCGACGUUUACGAACCUGUCGACAAACCUAUCUGGCUCUUUUGAAAGCCUCGAUCCAUUCAACAGGAGCCAGAGCGGGAAUUUUGUAAUUCCAUCUAAUAUGGCAAAGUACCUGGAGAAGCUAGAAGCCCCGUCCCUGUUGGACCAUCCCAGUGUCCUUGUUAUGGGAGGGCUCAACUUGGACACCGGAAUCAGUGGCUCCGUGAUAACUUUCGAUCCUUCGUUCAAUACCUCUCAGCAAUGUUCCACUCUCCCAAAUCCUCUGCACCACCAUCGAACGGUGCUGUGUGCAUCCGAUAUCUUCGUAGUAGGAGGUAUGACGGAACCUUCUGAUGGCCCGUACGUAUGUAGCAGACGAUGCUACAAGUUGAGCAUUCCACGUAUUGAGUGGAAUCGUAUAGCGGACCUCAAGACCGAGCGUGCCCUGCACGGCCUCAUUGAAUGCGACGGGAGGCUGUACGCCAUGGGCGGCUUGACUGUGGAACGCAAGCCGUCGGCAACCAUGGAAUACUACGAGACGAAGCGCAAUAAAUGGACCAAGAUGAAGAGCGCCUUGCCACAAGCGACUAUGGCUAUGGGAGUGACCAUGUUCCGCUCCGUCAUCUGGCUAGCAGGUGGCAUUGUGGGUUCAGGCGAAGACGACCUCGCUUGCACGGCUCAGGUGCACUGCUACGAUCCGAGGGCCAAAGCAUGGACUUCGCAGGCCAGUCCGUUGCCCUCAUCCCGGAGCUAUUUAAGCCUGGCGACAUUCAGAGAUACUGUUGUGGCAAUUGGAGGGUCAACGUCACUCGACCAGCUGCAAACUGGAAGCCUUUCAGACGUAUGCGCUCUCUCUGAAGAUAACACCCAAUGGGAUGCCUUGCCAUCUCUCCUCAAGCCCUGCCAUGGUUCCGCCGUUUGUGUAUUCGGUGAAAGCAUGUACGUGUUCGGUGGAAUCAGCAACGGGACGGUGCUCGCCGAAGUGCAAGUUCUACAGAAGGAUCAGUGGUCCUGCUGUGCUCUCUUGCCCAUGGCCGUUCUAGGUGCAAGCGCAGCGGGUCUGCCACCCAUGAAACGCGCUGCUUCUACGGAGACCCUUGACGGCAAGACGCGCAAGGAUGAAGACCUCAUUAUGUGGAGCUGGCAUAACCUGUGACCAUUUAUAUAUACGUAAUACAAUAAACGAUUCUUAAUAUGGA